AGAUAUUCUGAUAGCAGUAAAUGGAACUGAUGUCACCAGCAUGCCACAUUCAGAAGCUGCAAAUCUGGCAAGGAAAGGUCCUGAUAUCCUGACUAUGAUAGUGGGAUCAGACAUCAGCCGUUACCCCAACACCCCCAAACCUACCUGCCGAGGAUAUUUGCACAAACGAACACAAUCAGCAAUACUGAAGGGCUGGAGAAAGAGGUGGUUUGUACUGAAACAUAAUGGUUACCUACACUAUUAUAAACACAAGAAGGAUGAAGGGAAGUGCAGACCUCUGGAAGUAACAAAACUGGAAGGAGCAGAAAUUGGUGUCGACACCAGUCUGGGUAAACCAUUUGUUUUUAAAUGUAUACCUCAAGCGGCAAACAGGAUUUUUUACUUCUGUGCGACUUCUAAUCAAGAAAUGAAGAGGUGGCUGGAGGCUAUGGAUAAAGCAGUGCAUCCCAUCCAUCAGAAUCACGUGUGGGUAGAUGUCACACUGCAUAACACUACACUCCCACCACUGGCUAUCAAGAACCCUGAGUGCUUGGGGCUUCUCCAUCAGCUGGACAAGAGCAAAGAUGUCUGGAUUCAGCACUACUGCAUUCUGAAGGAUGGUUGUUUGUACUUUUAUGCCACUCUCCGGUCUACACCUGCCCAAGGUGGCCUUUACCUGCAGGGCUAUAUUGUGAGUGAACAGUCCUUGGGCUCCAAGAGAUCUGUCAUUGAACUCAAACCUCCAUCUGAAGAAUUUAAAACUUUUUACUUAUGUGCAGAGAAUGUAAAUGAAAACAAAAGGUGGAUUACAGCUUUGAAAGCUUCCAUUAAUAAAUGGUUACCCCUACACCAGGCAAUCCAAGAUUUCAUGAACAGACCCCUGGAGGAGACAAGGAUGUGAGAAAAAAGCUCAGGUUUUCCUUUGUUCUCUGUUUUGCAUUUAAAAUUCCAUGCUACAUCUUUUGAGUCAUCUCAAGAGAUACUCCAGCAGCAACUUAUCUUUAGGAUUGCUAUAUAUUCAGAACCUUUGUAAGCAUUAAAAAUUUAAUGCAAAGCAAUGUUGCCUUCUUUGUCACUGUAUUUUGUCUUUCUACUUCAAUUCAGACCACACGCAGAGUCUACUUUACAGCUGUGAUGUGACAUACAUGCCAGAUACAUUUUGUAGUCAUUGCUGGGGGUUUUUUCUGGGUUUAUUGGGUUUUUGGGGAUUUUCUGCAAAUGCACUCUUUACGAAGUGUUCUGUUUUUUCAUCCAGAUGGUUCAUAUGUAGGUUUGCCAAUAUGUUUCUAGGUGUUGUGGAGCUUGAGACGAGCUGGUUUACUGAAGGGUUAGCAGCGACAUACUAUUACAUGUAAGAAAUCUGUACAUUUUUGUUGUGCUAUUGUACAUUCUGUCUUAAUUUUAUGAUGAUUUUGAUUUGGUCAUCUGCCAUCACAUCACAGCACAUUUGUGAACAGAAAUCAAUUCAAGAAUCAAAGGAUGCUGUUUCCUCCAAAGUUAGCCGUAAAGAACAGCAGCAUAACUCUUCCUAUGAAUAAA